AUGCUGCUACUGGAAAGGAUGAACACACUGAUAGAGAACAAGUACGCCAUAUCGAACUGGAAGAAAAAGAAGUUCGUUUGGAGGUACAGCUUAUACUUCACCAUUUUUUACAUCUGCCUAUUACUGGGAAUAUUAUACACCUUAACAGUUAGAUUUAUAAUUUCGUCCGAUACGUACAGCAACCAUUAUUGUCCCUCCACUACGAUUCUAUCUGUGAAGAGAAUCUACAUGUUGGUCCUCAUAUUUUUGAUAUUGAUGGGAUUUUUAAACUUCCUUUUUUCGCGCCUGACCUUUAUCUACUCCAAUUUUACAAACAGCGAGUUUUUUAACUCAGGCAUUUUUUAUACCAUCGUAGGGUUCAUAAUUAAAUACAUGUCAUGGAUUUUAUCCCUCGUGUACAUCUGCUGGAUCUGCUUCCUCUUUGUAAAUAUGAUGAUAAUAAUUUUUUUGCCGCAGAACUGGUGCUCUCUCAAGUACAAUGUGUACGGGAUGGACGCGCUGCGCAACUGCCUCUUGGUUAAGAACCGGGCCACAGGAUGCGAAAUUGACAAAGCACUGCUGAACCUACGGACCAAGGACAGCUGCAACGACUACAACAUUUUGAAGGUGCAAAAUUUUCUCUUCCUUUCCCGAUCAACUCAAAACCAAUCAUGCACAUUGAAGGAUAAGAAACUCUGCGAAUUUUUUGUCGACUUUAUUAAAAAUAAAAACACCUCGUGGUCUUCCUUCCCGAACUGCUCUGGAAACACCCCCGAUCUUACGGAAGAACAUUUCCUCGAAGAAUCCACCAUGAAGAGUGACAUUUAUUUAUUUUCCGUAUCUGUAAUAUUUUUCUGGUUUAUCACGACUGUGACCCUUAUUGCCUUUUUCAUAGUUGUGAGGGUGAGCACGCCGAUUGAUUCUUCGUUCGUGGUGAAUGAAGAACGGUUCAACUUUUUUUUCAAGUUUACACGUUUGUUGGAUGUGUGGAGAUGA